AUGGGGGCGAAGGGGUCGAAGGAUCCUAAACGCGAGCGGCGCUACAUCACGCCGAGCGAGCCAGUUGCACCGCCACACCAGCAGUCACCCUUGACAUCGACGCUGUUGGCAAAGUCGCGCAGUCCUUUGACGGUCGACGAGAUCAGUUUCUACGGCACCGAGAAUAACAAUAACAAGAGUAAGGACAGUUGUAGCAGUCUCGCUUUUAGCAGGCCAACUGUGCGAUCACCAGGACGGGAGUCAUCGUCUGGCCUCAUGGAGGACGGGAUGCGUCCCUCAACGUUGCCCGUUGCCGCCACCUGCGCCUCGUUGCCAAUCCCGACAUACAAGAGCGAAGGGAUGCUGGCGUCACCUUCCACGCCAAUGCUACGCUCGUACCACAUGCACUCUGUGUCGCCACUUGACAAGGGCAUGAUGGGCUCCCCCAGCAGCAAUGCGUCGUCAGCAGCGCCGGCGCUGCCCAUCCACACACGGUUUCUGGAGAUCAACGGGUACCCCGCCGGGUUGGAGAACUACGGCAACACGUGUUACUGCAACGCAGUGCUGCAGCUCUUCUACCACUGCUCACCGCUGCGACUUCGGCUGCUGGAGGUGCACAAGCUGUACGCCAAGGGGAAGGGCCGAACCGGCUUUGAGGAGGACACCGUGCUAGCGCUCGUCGCUGAUCUGUUUGCGAAGAUGCACAAGGCAAGCAACAGCAAGAAGCUUCGGAAGGAGGUCAUUGCUCCGAAGCAGCUCCUCACCUGUGUGCAGAACCUCAACCCGAUGUUUGACAGCAAGCUCCAGCACGACGCCCAUGAGUUUGCGAUGUUCGUUCUGAACAGCAUGAUCGAGAUGGAGACGCGCAUGAUGACGGAUAAGAAAAACUGCGCGCUAUUCUUUGAUACGGAGGGUGGUAAGAGCCCAAAGUGGCCGGGUGUCUGGCGUCGCAGCACAAGGAACGGCAGUAGCGGCGUUGCCUUGAGUGAGGCAGUGGAGUUGCGCGAGGACGCCGUGGAGCUGCCGCUUACGCUCCGCAUGGCGGGGAGCAGCGACGCCUUGGACGUGCGUAGUGCGGCCGCGGCAACAGCAGCAGCGGUAUCCACUGGAACACUGACAGACUCCUCCGAGGCGUGGGACAGAAAACCCGUGUCGCCGCUGCAGACUAUCUUUGGCGGCCAAUUCGCGUCGGUGACGGCGUGCUUCGAGUGCGAGCACGUGACAGUGAUGCGUGAGGCUUUUGUGGAUCUCAGUCUCGACAUCGAGCAGGGCUCCUCACUUCGGCAGUGCAUGGCAAACUUCAGCGCACCGGAGUUGUUCCACGGCACUAAUAAGCUGUACUGCGAUCACUGCGGCCGGAAGGUUACGGCCGAGAAGUUCCUCCGCGUCCACCGUCUUCCGGAGUACGCGCUGCUGAUACAUCUGAAGCGGUUCCAGUACGACGAAAAGAUGGGUGGCAUGACGAAGAAGAGCGUUCACGUGGCGCUCCCACGCGAACUUGACGUGGUGGAGUACGAGCCCUGGGCCGAGGACAACGAUGGCAGCAACAACCAGGAAAGCUGGAGUCACAACGACAAGGAAGACAUCUCCCAGGGUGCGGCUUCACCAGUGUGCGAUCCCCCGAAGCCGUCCUCCCGCCUCGCGCAGAAAUUGAAGGGUGUCGUUCGGCGCAAAGGGCGUUUUGCGCUUAGUGGCUUCGUGACGCACGUCGGUGAGGGUCCGAACCUCGGGCACUACUUCACGUGCGUGCGGCACGGCGAGCUGUGGCGCCGCUUUGACGACACCGCCGUGACGGAACUGACGGAGCGGGAGAUGCGGCAGUACUGGGGUGUGCCGGUGCCGCUGAGUAGCGUCAUCACCGCAACGGCGUACAUUCUCCUCUACGAGCGCGUUGCGUGA